AUGACACACACGCCAGUGGAGGAAUCCCUCUUCCAAAUCAUCUACUGCUACCAUGAGUACGCGGCCCGGGAGGGGGAUGUGGAGACCCUGUCCCUGGAGGAGUUGAAGGCUCUGCUUAUGGAUAACGUACCCUGCUUCAUGGAGAGCCUGGUGUGUGGGGUCUGGGGGUCGGUGGGCCCUGCUACAUCGGAAGGAGCCUGCUACAUCUCGGAGCUGUUCAGGACUGCAGACAAGAACCAGGACAACCAGAUCCGCUUCGACGAGUUCCUGCUCGUCCGGGGCCGGCUGCUGAGGGACUACCCAGCCGGCACAGCCUGCACCAGAUGGAGACGCGCGGGCAGCCUCCGGCUGCAGACCUUUGAGUGCUAA